CCUCCGCGGUGCGGCGGAUCAGUCCUUCACCCUGGGAACUAAUAUUAGAGGGGGACGCCUGCUCCUUUAAGAACCUACUUGUUGCAUUCUACAUCUUAUAUUGUGACAAAAAUGGUGAUCAAAGUAUUUCUUGCCUCUUCGUCCGGGUCGACUGCGAUCAAGAAGAAGCAGCAGGAUGUGGUCGGGUUCCUCGAGGCUCUGAAGGUGGAGUACACUCCACUAGACAUCGCCUGCAAUGAGGACAACCGAAUGUGGAUGAGGGAGAACGUCCCUUCAGAAAAAAAGCCCUCCAAUGGCAUCCCUCUGCCCCCUCAGAUUUUUAACGAAGAGGGCUACUGUGGGGACUAUGAAACCUUUUUCAAUGCCAAGGAGGACAACCUGGUCUAUUCCUUCCUAGGGCUGGAUCCACCCCCAGGAUCCAAGGAAGCGCUACAGGCAGAAAAAAGCGCUGUAAAGGAGAAUGGCACACACGUCGAAGAAACCAGUACAGAGGAGAACCUUGAUAAAUCAAUAAGUGAGGAGGUUCCUGUGGAGGAACGUAACGGGAAAGCACACAGGGAGGGAGAGGAGCAAGACACAAUAGAAGAAGUGGAAGGGGAGGCGACGGAGGAUCGGGCCGUGGGGUUGGAGGAGGCCCUUGCAGAGGGGGAGGAAGAGGAGGCGGUGGAAGAAACGGAGGACGCUGAGGCUCGUGCAGGGGAGUAUGAAGAGGAGGAAGAAGCUGACGAAGAUAAGGAAGAAGAUGACCAGCCAGUGUCUGAGGAGGAACAGGAUUUGCAUUCAGAGGAAGAAGAAGAGCUGCGACAGCUUGAGGAAGAAGAUGAGGCGGAAGCCGUAGAGGAGGAGGAGGAGGACGAUGUGGAUGAAACAAAGGAGGAUGAGUAGUCGGAGCUGGUGAGCGUCGGAUGAUGAGACCCAAGCUUACACAGCCCAUUUUGAAAGCCCUCUCAGAAUCCCCCCCCCCCCCGCGCCCCCCGGCCCCACCCUACACCACCGCCCACCAGGACCCUCCUCGGAGGGGCUGUCUCUGUUUCCCAACCACUGGACCCUUACUGGAAACGUCUUGUUCCACAGGGGCCCAAGAAAAGUCCUCCAAGCCCACCGUCAUAUUUACCCAUUUUUGGCGAUUGACGGCAACGUUGACCUAAUUUUUAUAUUUCAUUUGUAGGUUGAACAAUGUCGUCUAGUGGAGUCGUGUUUUGUACAGUCAAUGUGAAAAGGCAGUCUGUGCGUGUGUGUGUGUAAACACUUCUGGUCCAUUUUUGAACUUACUGUUUCAAAUUGGUAAUUUUAUACCACAAAUAGUAAAUGAUAGUUGUUACUAUACACACCAUUGAUUGCAAGCAAUUUCUGAACCAAAAAUAACAGAUUUGAGAAAUAUCACACUUUCCACCAUUUUCAAUACACUAUUAUGACGUACUGAUGUCUUAGAAUUUCAUGCAGCGAUAGCUGUUUAAAUGAUGUGCCUCGAUGACUGCGAACGGAAAUUAUUUGUACCAGAUGUAUGAAUGUAACCCAAGAAGCCCUUACACCCACAUGAGUGCGAGACACACACAUACACUGUAUGACUGUGUGUAUUAUCUCCUGUGCCAGAGGUUCUGUGCUUCUUCCACUGAAUGAAUAUUGCUGUUUUUAAGACUUGCACUUUGUGGACAUGCAGUUUAAAGCACAUGUCGGUGACUAAGCCAUAGACACAAACAAGAAUGACAUCAAUAAAAUAGUGGUACAAAAACAACGACGUGACCGAAUUGUGUUUUCAUUU